GCUAUUGUGUAUUUGAAUACCUGAAGGUGCAAAAAUACUUCUGUCUACAAUUCUUCUCUGUCUCCCCGUGUACACACUGACAUGUGAGUUCUCAGAGGCUGAAAUGUAAGCAAGAAGGAAAUGGGUAUGCAUGACAGAAAUGGAAAGUUUUCAUUUUGGCAGUAGCCAACUCAUAGUUGCACACAGCUUUAUUGGUGCAGUCUGAAAACAGGGAGACUUUCUUCCUUUCCAUGGCAUGUGUAAUUUUAGCUUGGGAGUUAUUCAGAGGAUGUGGGAAGGAAUAGUUUCAAGGACACAAGCUGAAACAGCAAAUGGAGAUGACUUGGUCGCUCACAGACAGACUCUGGGCUGCAGGCAGGAGCUCAGCUGGGCUCUGCUGGACUCUCCUGGAUGCAAGGCCUGUGGUUGCAGUGUCACGUGGCCAGCGAGAGAAUGGAGGCCUUGGUGGUCUAUGGUUAACCUUUAAAAACAUCAGAUUUUGGGACGUGGGAGCUGGACUGGUGGGUUACUGAAAACUGAGGCCAAGAGGAGGGUGGGCCAGGAGGUGGGACAGCUGUGAAGGGUGGCAGGUGUGAGGUGAAUGGAGGCCAUGGAAUGAAAAAAGCAUGAGGCAAGGUGUCCAAAAGGAGGGGCAGGCAGGAGGAGAAAGAGCCACAGGAGGCAAGGUGUCCAUGAGGUAAGGCAGACAAGGUGGGAAUGGAUAUUGCGAGGCGAUGCAGCCAUGAGACAAGGCAAGGCAGCACCAGGUGAGGUGCAGCCAGCGUGAGACAAGAGUGCCAUCCCCCAACAGCGGCACCGCUGAAGGGCCCCAUGCGCCGGGGUGAGCGCUGGGGAAGACAAGACACAGGGGAAAACCGACAUGAGGAAGGAGCAGCGAGGAAGGAAGGGAGGAGGGGUGGGAGAGGAGCCCGGAGGAAGGUGGGAUCCUGAAGGAGAGAGGGGCGGCACCCCGGGGCCGGUCGCCUGCCCGGUGGGCGGCAGGUCCCGAGUCGCCGAGCUUCGCCCCCCGCAGCGAGACGCGAGGAAAUCGCCUCUUGAUUGCGGAAGUCGGCGGGAAAGGCUCCGGGAGAGUCAGCCCGGGUCAGAAUGGCAGCGUGGGAAGCGGCGGCCGCCUCCCCCGCCUCCUCCGCUCCUCCUCAGCCGCGGGCGGGCAGCCCCCCCACCCCACGCCGGUGUCAGGGAGGCGGUUCGGCGGCCGGGGCAGCCCCGAGCGCAUGCAGCAGGCGGGCGGCCCGGCACAGGGCUCGGAGCCCGGCGGGGAGCGGGGGCCCCCGGGGCCCGCCGCCGCCACUUCGCUUCUUCGGAUCCCCCCCACCCCAACCCCGCCGUCCCUUCCCCUUUUCCCCUCCCCGCGAGGGUUUUUGGCGUUAAAAACUGUCGGCGAUGCUGAGCUAUGGAGCAGGAUUCGCCCUGUGGACGGCGCUGGCCCUGACCAAGGCUGUGCCGGGUCAGGCUGCGGGAUGCAGCGCCAACCUGACGGAGCGGAGCGUCGCCGGGCAGAGCGUUCGGCUGCGCUGGGGCGCCGCGGACCGCGCCUGCAACUUCAGCCUGAGCGGGCGCUCGGAGGACGGGGAGGCGGCCGGCUGCCAGCCCGCCCCCGCGGGCAACGGCACCUACGGCUGCACCCUGCGGGGCCUGGAGGCCGGGACCUGGUACCACCUGCGCAUUGAGCCCUUCGCCAGGGGCGAGGCUCUCAACAUCUCCCUGCAGACAGAUCCCUUGCCACCAUCUCGUUUGGAAAUUAAUAAGGAAAAAACUACACUCACAAGCUUGCAGGUUCAAUGGAAUCCUUCCUCAGGAAAGGUGGACAUGUAUAACCUAGUAUUACUUGAUCGUGAUAAUAAAAAGAUACAAGAAGUCUCCAUACCAGGAAGAAUUUCAAAAACAGAAAAUACAUUUUCCAGUCUCAUUCCUGGGAAUAAGUACAACAUUGUCCUCAGUGCCAUUGCUGGAAAUAAGACUACCCCAGAACUUCACAUAAGUGGAUCUACCGUGCCAUCUCCUGUGAAAAAUAUUCAGGUCAGUGUCAAGACAGACACUAUCCACGUUUCAUGGUCUUCUGGCUCUGGACAUGUGGAUCAUUACAGGUUGCUAUUACUGGAUAAUCAUGUACCAGUUCAUGAGAUUCACCAUAAAGGUUCCCUGACCUCCUACACAUUUUCAGGACUUACAGCCGGCCACCUGUAUAACCUCUCUAUCAUAACCCAGGCUGCAGGAUUGGAGAGCAGCAGUUUUCAAACAAUCAGGACAGCCCCAGCUGGAGUCUUAGAUUUGAUGGUGACUAACGAUGGCAGUUUAGAUGCUUUAAAAGUUAAGUGGAGAAGACCUUCAGGAAACCUCAAUUUCUAUAAUAUCACUCUGUCUCAUCUUGGAUCAGUUAAAGAAGUCAAAACUGUGCAGCCACCAGUCACAGAGACACAGUUUGACAAGCUAACUCCAGGACGUCUUUAUCAGGUUACUGCUCGCACCAUCAGUGGUGAACUGUUCACCGAUCAGAUGGCAACUGGCAGGACAUUUCCCCAGAAAGUUUUGGAGCUGCAGGCGGGUGCUAGUGGCUGGCUGCGGUCUCUGCGAGUGACCUGGGUGCCCCCUGCAGGAGACUGGGAGAGGUACCACCUGCUCCUGUGGAACCGCUCAGCCCUGGUGCUCAACACCACCCUCGAGAAGGACACCACUGAGUACCUCAUCCGUGAUGUGGGCCUCAUCCCAGGGAGGGAGUAUGGAGUGGAAGUCAUUGUGGAGAGCGGCGAUUUGCAGAGCAAGACAAGUUGCAUGGGGAGAACAGCUCCAGAGCCUGUUCUCCAGCUCCGUGUGAAGCAUGCUAAUGAAUCUUCACUUAGCGUCAUGUGGAUGACCCCUGCUGCAGAAUGGGACAGCUAUGUGGUUUCUCUGGAAGUCAGUGAGCUUCCUAUUGUAAAAAAGGGACUUGCAAAAGAAGCUAAGGAAUUCACUUUCACUGACUUGAUACCUGGAAGGAAAUAUACAGCUACUAUCACUACCAUUAGUGGGACUUUAAGCAACUGGACUUCAGUAGAAGGAAGAACAGUGCCAGCCCAAGUGACAGGUCUGACUGCGUCAAGUCAGGGAUCAACCAACAGCUUGUUCACCAACUGGACAAGAGCACUGGGAGAUGUAGACUCAUACCAAGUGCUACUGAUUCAUGAGAAUGUUGUCAUUAAAAAUGAAACUGUUCCCAGUGAAACUAACAGAUAUCACUUCUAUCCCCUGAAACCUGGAGGACUCUAUUCAGUUGUUGUCACCACUGUCAGUGGAGGGAUAUCUUCAAGGCAAACGAUUGCAGAGGAAAGAACAGUUCCUUCCAGUGUGACUGGAGUAACAGUAAAUAACUCAGGUCGGAGUGACUACCUCAGUGUUUCUUGGCUGCCAGCUUCUGGAGAUGUAGACAGUUAUUUGGUAACACUCUCUCAUGAUGACAAGAUUGUUCAGACUCUCACCAUUUCCAAAUCAUUCAGUGAAUGCUCCUUCAGCAGCCUUACUCCUGGGACGCUUUACAAUGUGAUGAUAACCACAAAGAGUGGAAAAUAUGAAAACUAUUCCCUCAGCCAGGAACGAACAGUCCCUUCAAGUGUCCAGGGACUUACAGUCAGCAAUUCAGCCAGAAGUGACUACUUGAAGGUGUCCUGGUUACAUGCAUCUGGAUAUUUUGAUAAUUAUGAAGUGAUCAUCAGUAACAAUAAUGAUUUCAUCCAAACAAAAAGUGUCCCAAAGGAUGAAAAUGAAUGUGUGUUCACCAGUCUGGUCCCAGGGAGGCAGUACAGUGUCACAGUCAGCACAAGAAGUGGGAAAUAUGAAACUAGUGAAAGAGUCUAUGGCAGAACAAUGCCAGAGUCAGUAAAGGAACUGACUCUUAGUAACAGGAGCACAGAAGAUCUGCAGGUAACUUGGUCAAAGGCUGAGGGGGAUGUUGAUAAGUAUGAGAUUCAGCUCCUCUUCAAUGAUAUGAAGAUCUUCCCACCCAUUUUCCUUGGGAACACCAUUGAGGAGUAUUGGUUCACAGCUCUGACUCCAGGACGUCUAUACAAAAUUCUUGUUUUGACCAUCAGUGGAGAUGCACAGCGGGCUACUUUCAUAGAAGGCCUGACAAUUCCAAGCAAGGUCCGAAACAUUCACGUGUCACCUAAUGGCAUGACAAACAGUCUGAAAGUGAGCUGGACCCCUGGAGGUGGAGAUGUUGAUUCCUACACAGUGACUAUAUUUCAACAAAGCUAUCAGCUUGAUUCUCAAAGUGUCUCCAAACACAUCUCUGAGCACAUGUUUCACAAGUUGGAAGCUGGGGAGCAGUACCGGGUGGUGGUGCAAUCUAACAGUGGCACCUUGCACAACAGCUUAGCAGCUUUUGGGAGAACAAUUCCAGCCUCUGUCCAGGAAUUAUUAGCCCAUCAUGCUUACAGCAGUCAUUCCUUGUUAGUAACCUGGCAGAAAGCUCCUGGUGUAGCCGAAAGAUAUGACAUUCUGCUCUUGAAUGAGCAAGGAAUCCUCCUGAGUAACAAAUCAGAGCCGGCUACUGCCAAACAGCACAAAUUUGAAGAUUUACUAGCUGGCAAGAAGUAUAAAAUACAAGUUUUGACAGUCAGUGGUGGACUCUUCAGUAAGCGUGCAGAAACUGUUGGCCGAACAGUUCCAGCAGCUGUUACAAAUCUGAAAGUCACAGAGAACACCACUGACCGACUGUCCUUCAGCUGGACCACCUCUCAAGGGGAGCUUGAUUCAUAUGACAUCUUCCUAUACAAUCCAGACAAGUCCCUUCAUGAUAGGAUUUCAGGAGAGCAGCAUCUCCAGCAGUGUUCUUUCCAGAACCUGCGUCAAGGCAGGAUGUAUCGAAUGGUGAUUGUUACACACAGUGGAGACCUCACUAACGAGUCAUCUGUCUAUGGAAGAACAGUACCAGCCCCAGUUGUUGGUCUCAAGGCAUCCAACCGAAACAUGACGGACAGUCUGUGGUUCACUUGGGGUCCAGCAGCAGGAGAUGUUGACUUCUAUGAGCUGAAUCUUUACAACCCAAAUGGGACACAGAAAGAAACUGAGCAAAGGAAAGACCUAGAAGAGUGGCAUUUCCAGGGGCUCAUUCCUGGCAGAAAGUAUACAUUAGUUGUGGUGACUCACAGUGGUGACCUGACCAACACUGCAAAUGCUGAAGGAAGAACAGCACCCAGCCCUCCUAACACUGUGUCGUUUACUGAUGUUGCAAACACUUCUUUAUCAAUCACUUGGCUGGGUCCUCCAGACUGGACAGACUAUGAUGAUUUUGAGGUGCAGUGGCUUCCAAAGGAUCCCCUCACAGUAUUCAAUCCCUACAGCAGCAGCAAAUCUAAAGUACGCAUCAUCUAUGGCCUGCGACCAGGGAGACUCUAUGAGUUCAGUGUCAGAACUGUCAGUGGUGACAGCUGGAAGACAUACAGUCAGUCACAGUCUGCAAGUGUGAGAACAAAGCCAGACAAGAUACAAAGCCUUCACUGUCGGCCCCAAACCUCUACUGCCAUCGCGUGUUCCUGGACUCCUCCCGAUUCUGACUUUGAUGGGUAUAGCGUUGAGUGCAAGAAGAUGGACACCCGUGAAGUGGAAUUUUCUAAAAGGAUAGAAAAAGACAAAUCUCUACUUAAUAUUAUGACCCUUGUUCCCCACAAGCGAUAUCUGGUGUCCAUCAAGGUGCAUUCUGCAGACAUGACAAGUGAAGUGGUUGAAGACAGCACCAUCACAAUGAUUGAUCGUCCUCCUCAGCCACCUCCAGAUGUACGAGUGAACAAAAAAGAGGUGCUGAUUACCAAAUCCUCCAUCAACUUUACUUUUAACUGCAGCUGGUUUAGUGAUACUAAUGGAGCUGUGAAGUACUUCACUGUGGUUGUGAGGGAGGCUGAUGGUAGUGAAGGACCAAAGCCUGAUGAGCAGCACCCAUUACCUUCCUACCUGGAGUACAAACACAAUGACUCUAUACGCAUCUACCAGACAAAUUAUUUUGCCAGUAGCUGUGCUGAAAACCCUGACAGUGACUACAAAAGCUUUGACAUUAAGCUUGGAGGAGGAAUGGAAAAUCUGGGAGGAAAGUGUGAUCCAGAUCACCAGAAAUUCUGCGAUGGACCUCUAAAGCCUCGAACUGCAUAUAGAAUCAGCAUACGAGCUUUUACUCAGCUUUUCAGUGAAGACCCAAAGGAACUCCCUAAACCACUCUUUGCAGACACCUUCUUCUCCUUACCGAUCACUACAGAGGCAGAGCCUCUCUUUGGAGUUAUUGAAGGUGUGAGUGCUGGCUUGUUUCUGAUUGUGAUGUUGGUGGCUGUUACUGCUUUAUUUGUCUGCAGACAAAAAGUUGGCAAUGGCCAUGAGAGACCUACAGCAAGGCUGAACAUUCGCAGAGACAGGCCACUGUCAGUCCAUUUGAACUUGGGGCAAAAAGGGUACCGGAAAACUUCCAGUCCGAUCAAAGUCAGCCACUUUGAAGCACACUUCACCAAACUUCAAGCAGACUCCAAUUACCUUCUGUCCAAGGAGUAUGAGGACUUGAAAGAUGUGGGUCGAAACCAGACAUGUGACAUAGCACUUCUGCCAGAGAACAGAGGGAAAAAUCGAUACAAUAAUAUAUUGCCCUAUGAUACAUCAAGAGUGAAGCUUUCCAAUGUGGAUGAUGACCCUUGCUCAGACUACAUUAAUGCAAGCUACAUACCAGGCAAUAAUUUCCGCAGGGAAUACAUAGCAACUCAGGGCCCUUUACCUGGAACCAAAGAUGACUUCUGGAAGAUGGCAUGGGAGCAAAAUGUUCAUAAUAUUGUCAUGGUAACCCAGUGUGUUGAGAAGGGCCGAGUAAAGUGUGAUCAAUACUGGCCCCAUGACCAGGAUUCCUUGUACUAUGGAGACCUGAUUGUUGAGAUGCUGUCUGAAUCAGUGCUCCCAGAGUGGACAAUACGAGAGUUUAAAAUCUGCAGUGAAGAGCAGCUUGACUCAACAAGGCUCAUUCGUCACUUCCACUACACUGUAUGGCCAGAUCAUGGUGUGCCAGAGACUACCCAGUCCCUGAUUCAGUUUGUCAGAACUGUAAGAGAUUAUAUCAACAGGACCCCAGACACAGGACCAAGUAUUGUACACUGCAGUGCUGGUGUUGGCAGGACUGGCACAUUCAUUGCACUGGACCGAAUCCUGCAACAGCUGGAUUCAAAGGACACUGUUGACAUUUAUGCAGCAGUCCAUGAUCUGAGGCUUCACCGCGUUCACAUGGUUCAGACAGAGUGUCAAUAUGUGUAUCUACAUCAAUGUGUGAGAGACAUGCUAAGAGCCAGAAAACUUCGCAGUGAACAAGAAAAUCCCUUAUUUCCAAUAUAUGAAAAUGUGAAUCCAGAGUAUCACAGAGCCUGUAGAAAUCGGAGUUGUCAUAUACAGGUAGAGCAGGCUUGGAGGAGACCACGAACUGAAGUAUCCAGGUUUCACACAUUGAGAGUCCAAGCAGAGAUGCUGUUUAUUCAAGGCACUAAGAAUGUUAGAGAUACCUGCUUUUGUGAACACAUUUGUUAACUAGGGAUCUUGUUUUGGUUUUUUUAAUGUAUGUAUUUCAUGCACCAGAAAGGUGCCAGACCUUUUGGUUGACACUGUGUAUAAUUUAUUGGUCUGGUGAUUUUUUUAAAGAUAUAUAAUUUAAAUGUAAUAGAUAUUAAUGUAUAUAAUUGUAUUUUGGCAUUAUGUAAAUAUGUAUUUUUUCUAUAUUGUUUAUAUUAAUAUUAUGCUUCAGAUAAUACUAUUUUUUCUUAUCACAGUUUUUAUAAACUGUUCUACAUAAACUAUUUUAAAUUGUAUGGCUAACAGGACUACUGCGUUUGGGGCGCUAUUGGCAUGACACGGAAAAAGUCCUAUACAGAGAACCUCAUUUUUUAAAAAUAUUCAGUGUUUGUGAGAUGAAAUAAGCUACUAUUAAGCAAGGGAACAGUAGUCCUGUAUAGGAAUUACAAUGCUAUUCUACACUUUAAACUUACCGCUUUACAUCUGACAAAAAUGGGAGUAACCCAUAUCACAGUGGCAUACCUUUUACAGAACUCAUUAACAACUGAGCAAAACAGGGUUCACCUCACUAGAAGCAACUGUUUCAGUCUAGUGUGACAUAGUAGAAAAAUAUCAAACAACAUGCACUGCAGUGAAGUCUAGCAGACCUUUCUCUGACCAAAUACUUUGAGGGGAGACAGGUCACAUCCUGAUUUCUUUACGCUGGUUUAAGAGAGCAGAAUCAGACCACAACUUGAGUCUAUGCACUUUCACAUGUGUAAAAUUUUAAUUAAGAAAGUUGUUCAAAGACACUCCUCAGACAUUUGUGUUAACAGACCUGUGAGGAUGUGAAGUCUGGCAGCUUCCAUAGCUCAUCAGAAACAAUGUACCAUGCUGUACUCUCUUAAAAAAGUAGAGAGAUUGCAAACAUAUUAAAACAAAGACAUAUAAAGGUAUGUAUCCCACAGUAUACUCACCUGGAGUAAAGCUGCACUUUGCCCCAAGUAUUGGUAUCCUUUACAUGCCACUUGCUUUCACAAAGAGACAGCUUGGCCCCAGCAUGUCUACAUAGAAAGAAUUCUCCAGUGGAAUGUUACCUGAUGUCACUGCCACAGGGGCAGUUGGAAUGGAAAAAGGCUCAUCAAAGAAUAUAGGCUGGCAGGGCUGUCCUGAUCAUAGAAUCAUCUAAUGUUUUGGGUUGGAAGAGACAUUAAAAAUCAUCUAGUUCCAACCCCUAUGCCCCCAGGCAGGAGCUCAUUACUGAAAACAUGUUUAAAAUUCAAAACAUAUAAACUUAAUUUUGUAUCAAUAAAAGAACUGAAUGACAGCAAGAAGUACAGGCCAUGAGCAGGUAUCCUGCCCAGCCAAGUGGAUUAUGCACAGCCUCUCCUCUGAAAAGAGGCAUCUCAUUCAAGGGUCUAAACACUCUGUUGAGCUAUUACUUAUCUUUAUAAAAUGCUCCUCAAACAAAUAGUGAAGAGGCAGUACACAGUUCAGUUCCACCACGAAAAGAAGGAAGGGCUUCAUAGUUCUUCUUUCAUAUAUCUACCCAUACUUUUCAUAGAGAAAACUUAGCUUAUUGCUGAAGACAAGUGCCUAAAUUCCACUUCUGUUCUGGAGAAAAAUAAAUGUUUCUGAAGGCCGCCUGAGAAUAAGUAAGUAACAAACUGAGUGCCUAACUGAGGAACUCCAGUGCCACAGCAGGACUGUGCAUAUUCAUGUUAUUCUAGUUUUCCUAGAGAAGGUAACAGCCUGAUAAUCACUCUUCCUACUCCAUCUGAAAUCUCAUCCUUUCUUGACCAAAUACCCUCACAUGCCUCAGAAGCCGCCCUUCAAAUCAACUGUCACAGCUGCUCAGAACAUGUAAACUUGGUUAUUUUUUUAGGUGUUUCUGAAUGAAAAUACUGCUGAUUCCCUCCUGCACAUGCUCUUUGGCACCACACAAAGCUUAAAAUUCACCACUCUUAAUGGAAACCAAAGAAGAAGGGAACUAGUAUUAGAGCGGAAGACAUUUUCACAGAAGAAAGUCUAAUCAAAACCACAAAGAAAUGUGAACAUUUUCUGCAGAUGCUUUUUUUUCUCUAUUUCCUUUGCUAGAUGGCUAGGUUAGCAAGCAAGGACAAACAAGCAUGGCAGCUUUAGAUUGACUGUUGAUCAGGCUAAUAACUUCUGCACUUAAGGCAUUGUGAAAAUUGCUGUUGUGUUACAUGCACUGCAUUUGGUCCUUUCUUUUUUGCAGGGGUAGCCAAGGAACGAAGAUCAGCAUGUUAGUUACCAGCAGUACAAUUACACUGUUAACACACACCAAGUGUACCCUAUAAAUUAUCUCACACUCUAUAGCACCGUGUCAUUUUUUAAUGCUGAGGGAAAUGGAGCUCACUCAAUACUAUAUGAUCUGAGGGCAAAAGUCUGAUUGUAUGCUCUGUACGUGUGUUGUUCAUCAUUUUCAGAAUGACACACAUCAUUCUGCAGUUUAUUUUAUCAUUCUCAGCUCCUUUGUCUGCAGCUACAGAGUUCGUACAUGUGUACCCAAAGUGAUGUUAUAGCAGACAGCUAGUUUCAUCUUUUCUCUCAGCUAAUAAUGGAUACAGUUCAUAAGCCUCUUCCUCCUCAUCACUUCAUAACAUGACAGAUGACCUUAAACACUCUAGCACAAUGCUCUUGAGCAGCUUUACAUUUCUGCCCAAGUAGAUCACACAUGAGACUGUGUACACACAUUAUUGCUCUGGUUCUGCUCUCUAGCCAAUUCUGCUCAUAUGAAACCAGUGUAAAUCCACUGAGAAAAAGUAAAAAAGUAUCUAUGUAGCAUUUUCUUAAUAUACAACACCUACUUAUCAGUAUAAGUAGUUAUAUUUACUGUGCCUCUAAACUGAAUGACAGGACUGAUGGGAAAUUGUUAAUGUAACAAGAAUACAUUUGAGAGAGCUUGUGUGCUGAACAAAGACAGCUCUUAAGGAAAAAGACAUCUUUUGAAUGUCCUUGAUGAUGUUCAGAAUUCCCUUCUUGAUGUUUCCCAAUAAUAAUGUUAGAAAGCAAGGCUAGUGUUGUUGCUGAUCCAUAAGCUAAGAUUUGCACACUUGGAGCCCAUCCUUUGAAUCUCUGCGUUGUCCACAAAGCUACCUGAGUAUUUUCAUGAAAGUCAACUGGAAUGCUUGCCUGAAGAAAAUACCAUUCCACUUCUGAAGCACUUGCAGGGUUGGGCUUUUCGGUUAAUUCAAAUUUUUGUAUUGAAAGUUAUUUAAUAAUGAAAAACAUUGUAAUAAAUAUGUUUUAAUCUGUGCAAUAAAAUUACAAAAUCCACUAGCGAUUGUAGGGGAAAAAGUAGAUUUUAUAUAGCUGGAGUUGAUAAAUGAUAUUUUUUGUUACUAAUGGAACACAAAAGUGGGUGAGAGAAAUAGGCAUACUGUGAAGAUCUCAAAAAGUGCAACUUUAUACAUUUUUCUUUGCUGCUAUAGUUAUUUAGCAAUAAAUAAUGCCUAAAAUGCCAGAAAUAUUAUUUUGUGCCAUAAUAUGCUAUGAAUUUCCUUCCAGUUGUAGAACAGAGAAAACAAAAUGUGUGAGCUUUAAGUUUAUAUUAUGUAUUGUAUAUGGUUAUUUACACUUUGACUUUGAAAGCACAAAGUUAAACACUAGACAGAUAGGAGUACAUGAGCACUUAGUUGUGCUCCUCAGCCUGGGAUUUAAUAUAUGGACUAGAGGGAUGAGAACAAUAGCCAUCAAAUCACUCUAUCAGCAUCUCUCUCCGAGAAAUGCAUCUGACACUCAGAGAUACAGCCUACCACAGCCACAGCUUCAUGUCCAAGGAGUGCUUUGGCAGGUGCCUAACUAAUUCAGAUUUCUUUCAGUACUUCAGACGUACAGUUUGUGUAAAUAAAAUGCAAUAUAGACUGGCCACCACUCCUUCAUGGCCCUGUCACAGAUGUCUGGGCUCUGGAGCUGUGACCUCUGGGAGCUAUAAUCCCAGGAUGCCGUAACUUUCAAUUGAAAUGAGUGCUCACCCCAGGUGAGCACUUGGGCAACUUCCUGUAGACCCCGUGCCCUCAACUGUCUCCCUCACACUGACCAAAUCAAACUCUUGACCUGUUGGUAGCACCUCUAUGGCCAAAGCAAACUGGUUUGUUAUCAGUGACCUCACAGAUCAACAGCUGGUUCAAACUGGGAUUUUUUUUUUUUUAAGGCUAGCAAGAAAUACUAGAGACUAGGGACUAGCUAAUCGAGAAAAAACUGUGGAAUUGGGACAUAUACAGUGUCAGCAAUGCCGGUAGUCUAAUAUCCAUGACAGUUUAGUUGUUUCUUGGUUUAUUUGAAAGCUAGUGAAAUACUGUAAGUAACAUCAGGAAGUAACAUUAGGAAGUUAUAUAUUGCUCUAGAGCGGGGCAGUAUACUAUAGUGAAAACCCCACAGUUUUGAAAUGUGGCUAGCCAUAAAUUCUUUGCCAGUGCGUGGAGUAAAGUGUCUGAAAAACAUUUUCAGUACUUAUUCCAUGCUCAUAUGCAAUAUAAUUACUUAUAAUCGUGUUCCUAACAAACACUGUGUGAACACAGAACUAUGCUACUAUUGUCAAUUUAAUUUAUGCAUUUAAGUAUAUUUUUAUAUUUUUAGCUACAGUCAACAAAUCAAAUCUAUUUGGGUGUAUUUUACACAUUUUUAUAAAUACUUCAUGAAUAAAACAUUCAUUUAAAAAAAAUCA